AUGACGACUUUUCAGAAGCUAACAAAAACAUCGACAUUCACACAAUUCCUAACUCCAGAUGCCAAAGUUCCUACUAUAGAAGCAGCCAAGUCGGCAGGAGCCGAACUUAUCCGCACAGCCAGAAUGGUCGAAGGAAGUUUCACAUGGCUUGUACCGGGUAUUUUGGAAGGAAAAGAAAAUCCAAAAUAUGAGGUAGUGGCAGUUUCACCUUCUGCGAUGAAGGAUUUAGGUCUUCAGGAAGGAGAAGAAACCACCGAGUUGUUCAAAGAAACCGUUUCAGGCUACAGCAGUCGAGUGGACGCUAUUGGCGUUUAUCCAUGGGCCCAGGCUUAUGCAGGAUGGCAAUUCGGACAAUGGGCAGGUCAAUUAGGAGAUGGAAGAGCAGUCAGCCUUUUUGAAGGAACUAAUAAAACUACUGGAAAGCGAUAUGAACUGCAAUUGAAGGGUGGAGGCCUAACUCCCUAUUCGCGGUUUGCCGACGGAAAGGCAGUUCUCAGAUCUAGUAUUCGUGAAGCACUUGGAUCAGAAGCAGUCAAUGCACUUGGAAUUCCCACGACCCGUGCUCUGUCAUUAGUUAAUUUACCUGAAACAAUGGCCGUGCGUGAGUCUUUGGAAAGUUGUGCUGUAGUGUGUAGAAUGGCGGAGACAUGGGUGAGAAUUGGUACUUUUGACCUUCACCGGGCACGAGGAGCAAGAAAGGAGAUGAGAAAAUUAGCCGACUACUGUAUUGAACAUGUAUUUGGUUAUGAACCUAAUAAUAGUGGCAGAAAGGUAAUUGAUGCUGCAUCGAAGACGAGGUACCAAGAUCUGUAUACAGAGAUUGUCAAGAGAAAUGCCAACACGACAGCGUUAUGGCAAGCGUACGGAUUUUUAAAUGGUGUUCUCAAUACUGAUAAUACGUCUAUAUUUGGACUAACUUUAGACUAUGGUCCAUUUGCUUUCAUGGAUACAUUUGACCCAAGUUAUACCCCUAAUCAUGAUGACGGUAUGCUAAGAUAUUCCUAUAGAAACACCCCCAGUGUCAUUUUGUGGAAUUUAGUAAGGCUUGGAGAAGACUUGGGUGAGCUACUUGGGGCUGCGCCAGAUUUCGUUGAUGACACUGAGUUUAUUGAAAAGGGACUCAAUUCAGAGCAGAUAGAAGGUGUUAAAGAUAGAGCGGAGACGUUUAUAAUGGAGUCUCAAAAGGUAUUCGAAACAGAGUUUCUCAAGUCAUUCAAUAAGACCAUGGGUAAGAGACUUGGAUUGCAAACUUUUGAAGAGGAAGAUCAUGAUAAAAUCUUGACGCCGUUAUUGGACAUGCUUCAAGCAUGUGAACUGGACUUUAACCAGUUUUUCCGAAAAUUGAGUGAUUUAGAACUUUUUGCAGAAACAUCCUCACUUGAUGUAGAACAUUUUUUCCCUCAAAUCAGAGGAUUUGCUCCAAUGUAUUCUCUGGAAGAGGCUAAAGACAAGCUUUUGAACUGGAUCAACACAGUUUACAAACCAAGGUUGGAGAAAGAGGGCUCGAAGUCAGAUGAAGAACGACGAGAGCGUAUGCGCAAAGUGAACCCCAAAUUUAUUUUGAAAGGAUGGAUUCUGGACGAAGUCAUCCAAAAAGCCCGCCAAAAUGAUUUCACCUUAUACCACCAAGUGCAGAAAAUGGCCCUCUCUCCCUUUAACGAAACAUGGGGACUUCCAGAAGAACUUGAGAACCGUCUGACUGGAGAUGUACCACGAUCCGAAAGAGACAGUCAGUGUUCCUGCAGCAGUUAA